AUGCCAAUCGGUUCCAGUUUCACGUCGCACUUCCCACCUUCUUCACAUCACAUACGACUCCCUGAUAUCAAAAUUCCAACGUUCAGUGGCAACAUAGACACGUGGCUCAACUUUCACGAUCUCUUCGUAUCGCUUGUGCACUCAUCGCAUGAACUUUCUAGCAUUCAAAAGUUCUAUUAUCUACGUGCUUCUCUCUCCGGCGAUGCCCAAAAGUUGAUUCAAACCAUUCCGAUCAGUUCCAACAACUACUUGGUUGCUUGGAAUUUACUCUUGGAUCACUUCCAAAAUCCAAGUCGUUUGAAGCAGUCGUAUGUCGAUUCUCUGUUUGAGUUCUCAGCAUUAAAAUCGGAAUCAGCUUCGGAUUUACAUUCUCUUGUGGAACGAUUUGAGGCCAACGUCAAAAUUUUACAUCAACUAGGCGAACGGACUGAAUACUGGGACAUACUGCUUAUUCGAAUGCUUAGCAUUCGUUUAGACAGCACGACUAGACGGGACUGGGAAGUUUAUGCCACGACUAAGGACAGCGUUUCAUUCCAAGACCUCGUAGCAUUUAUUCAACGCAGGGUAACUGUCCUAGAAAGCAUUAAGGCGAAAGUUCCAGAAACUACUUUCUCUGGAAACUUAAGAAAAUCCACACAGCGGUCUGUUAGUAGUCAUAGUGCUCAUCAGUUGAACGAUAAACAUUGCGCAUUCUGUUCCGAGAAUCAUGUUCUGUACCAUUGCCCCAGAUUUGCAAAAAUGAAUUUGGAUACGAAGGAGAAAGAAAUUCGUCGACUACACUUGUGUCGUAACUGCUUGCGUAAGGGUCAUUUAGCCAACAACUGUUCAUCCACAAAUUGUCGAAAAUGUAGAGGGCGUCAUCAUACUCUGCUGUGCUCAGGAGACUCUCACAGCAACAAGUCUUCUGAAUCCACGAAAGCCGAAAACUCUCUACCAUCUCAACUACCUACGACGUCGGUGUCAGCCAGUCUUGAUAAUCCAGUGAGCCUUGCUUCCACUGGUUGUAAAAAAGUUUUACUUGCCACAGCUAUUGUCAAUCUCAUCGAUGACAAUGGAACAAUCCACACAGCCAGAGCUUUGCUUGACUCUGGCAGUGAGUGCUGCUUCAUCACAGAAUCGUUAUCGCAACGAAUGAAGUCCAGCCGCGUAAAAAUCAACCUCCCUAUCAGCGGAAUUGGCCAAUCACUUUCCCACGCACGACACAAGAUACAAACCACGCUACAGUCUCGUGUCAGCAACUUUUCGACUACCCUCGAAUUUAUUGUCCUUCCCAAGGUCACUACUAAUUUGCCAACAUCAUGCUUUGACGUCAGUGAUUGGAAGAUACCUUCCGACAUCAACCUAGCAGACCCCGCCUUCUUUGCAACCAAUCCUGUCGAACUCAUACUAGGAGCCGAAAUCUUCUUCGAGCUACUCAAACCUCCAGGACGAAUCUCGGCGAUAGUUACCCCCUGCUGA